AUGCUCAAGUUUGUUGUCCUGAGUGCUUUGGUCCUAGGAGCGAAAUCGCAUCCGUCCUAUGCCAGCCAAGGUUUAUCACUAGGCGGUGGAUUGGGAGGAUUCGGAGGUGGCCACGGAGGCGGUCUCUCUUUAGGAGGCGGUCAUCUGGGUGGUCUUUCGUUGGGAGGAGGAGGCGGCGGUGGUGGUUAUUCCAUCGGUGGAGGUGGCGGCGGUUACGCCAUCGGUGGAGGCGGCGGCGGCGGUCUCUCUUAUGGAGGCGGUCUUGAACACGGAGGACAAGGCGGUGGAGGAGGAGGCGCUUCCGUCAGUCACGACCAUCACGGAGGUGUGAGCAUCGUCGGAGCCGGAGCUGGAUCCAACAAAGGCACCACUUUCGAUCUUACCAAGGAGGGUGGUGGCGGCGGACACACUGGUCUCUUCGGCGGCAGCUUCAUCUCGUCCGGUGCCCACGGAAAGACCGGCGGUUAUUACCAGGGCGGCGGUGGCGGAGACGAGCACUCCUCCGGAUACGGACAUGAACUCGGUGGAGGCAGCGGCGGCGGUCUCGGAUCCUAUUCUUCUUCGGUCUCCAGCUACGAUGUCGGUAGUCAAGGAGGCUCCUUGGGAGGCGGUCACGACGGCGGCGAAGUUAGCCCAGUCCUUUACUCUAGCUUCAAGGGUCUCGAGCACGGCGGCUCCCUUUCCGUGGGAGGCGGCGGCGGCGGACACGCCUUCAUUUCUGGCGGCGGCGGAGGCCACUCCUUCGGAGGCGGACUCUCUGAACACUCUGGCGGUUUCGGUGGCGGCGAACACGAGUCCUUCGGAGGCCACUGA